ACGCAGGCACAGGAGACAAGAAAUCCCUGGAGGCAGCCAGACACCUAGACCAGAUGCUGAGUGAUCUGGAGAGACGCCGUGAGAUGGACCAAAGGGCUUUGCUGAAGGCAGCACUUCCUGAAGGAAGCCGUGGCUCCGUGCCAGCCCCCGAUACACGAAGGGAGGAGAUGCCAGACAGUGCCACAGAAGACGUUAUCACUGAAACAGGAAUAUUUGCCCCGGAUCCAGUGCGCCUCCCAAGAAUUGUCUGCCCCCAGGAUGUGCGCAGGUCCUGCAUGAUAGGCACGGUGGUGACACUGUUCACCGUGCCCCUCGUGCUGACAGGCUGCUAUCUUGGCAUCCGGAAGCUGUACGAGAGCAGACGGUCAGUUGUUGAUUUUUCUCCACAGCUUUCUUGUAACUCUGCUCAUAGCAUUGGUAGCCUGACUCGUAGUCAUGCUGCACUGGAGCUGUGGCCAGUCCGUGGUUGUCCAAAGAACUCUGCUGAGGGCUCUGCUGCUGCCCAGUGCUUUCAUUGGCCUCUUCAUUGCUGGGCCUUGUCCUGGGGGGCCCGCUGGGGCUGCAGCCAGUGCUGGCUCCCACUGAGGCUGCCAGGCCAAGAGCAGCCCCGGGGGCACAGGGCAGAGGCAGAGCAAGUUCUCAACAGUAUUUGGGCCACACAGCCCAGGACAGGACAGUGCUUAUUUAGUAGCUCAUGUAAAGUUUCAUGGUGACAGUGAUGUUACCGGACAAGCAAAUCUGCUCCAGUUCAGUGUUCACAAAAUCCAACCUGAUGAAGGUUUAGCUUUGGCCUUGAGGCUUUGCUCUUUGUGUGAGCCCUGUUCUGGAUUGAUUCCCACUCAGUCUUGGAGCCUGUUUUGGGUGAAGGCUCAUCCCGGCCCUGACCCUUGGCAGUUCUGGGCUCAAAGGCACCGCCGAGGCCGCACUGCACGUGACUGGGCUUCAGGGCUCCAUCAGCAAAGGCCUUUGAGAAGUUUAAAUUACUGUAUUCUUACUAUU